CACAAUAUGGCGCCAAAUCCGGAGACUUCAUGAACUUUGCGGGAAACUAAACAAAAUAAAAAUUUAGUACGUAAAUAGUGGUAUGUUCAGAUUGAGUACCAUCGCUGUUAAUAUGGACACUCGUCAGCAGAAAAGGCGGUGGAGGUCCUCUCCUGGAAAAAGAGCUCGUGUUGGCCUUGACUUCGGCCAUAGUCCUUCCCCGAAGAAAAGAAAACUUGAUCAGUUGGAAGUUAAUCCAGAAAAUGUGUUAAAGCCCGAAAAAAGACCAUUUACAAUUCGAUCUUUCUAUGGCAAACGUGACAAGAACCAUUUUCCCCACUCCCCUGGCCGGAGAAAGGCUGCUGAAAAAAUCUCUGAAAGGGCGUUAAGUGAUAACACUGAUGAUUCUGAAAAUGACAGACAUGCAGAGAAAACUAGGAAUCAUGUGUCUAAAUUUGAUUUCCAUUCAUCUGGAUCAGCGGAAAGUGACACAGACACAGGGACAAGGUCAGUCUUACGGCAAAGAAAUGAGAAAUCAACCACUGCCAAGAAAGUACCUCUACAAGUUAAAAAAGUACAUGUAACCCCAAAAACUACUCAGUUACCUAGAAAGACUUUGUCAGCCUCAACUGGCAAGUUAACUGACAGAAAUAAACAGACGACGCCACAUUCCAGUACACCUUUAUCGGGUGGGAAAAAGUUCUUUAAAACAAGGUCUCCAGCAGCGGCUGACAAGUUGUUCGGCAGUGUCAUGGUAAAGAAAGGAUUUGAUGUCAAAUUUGUUUCAAGGAGGUCACUAUCAAAACUUACUGUUGAAAGCAAAAAAAGUAGUAGUAAAAAGAAAGCUGCUACUAAACAUGUUCAGAAAGUAAAGGCUUGGGAGGCUACACCAUUUAUGGAAGAAAUGCCAGUAAAAUUGGAUGGCACUCAGGUUGUAAGUGACGAAAACAAUGAGAGCAUUUCUUAUGAUACUGAUGCAGCUGAACAUUCUGAAAAUGAGUCUCCUGAGCAGGUAGCUGACAAUUAUGAAGAAAAUAAAGUCAAAGUUGACUCCGGACAUGAAACUGGGAAUUCUUCGGAUCUGUUCAGCAGUUCACUGGGUGAAUAUGUUAAGAGUAGUUUAAAUAGUUCUAAGUCAGAUAAUUCAACAAAGCUCACAGUGAAGGAGAAACUUGUGUCUGCAGAAAUAGGGCUAAUGGCAGACACAAAUAAAGUUGUUUCAGACAAUGAUGAUGAUGGAUCUUUGUCUUUGAUAUCAACCAAUGUUAGUGAUGGUACUGAGAGUGUUGGGGUAUCCGAGGACUUGUUUGCAAGUGGGCGAACUACUCCCAGUGAGCAGACUACAAUGUCAAGCAGUGAAAGAAACACUCCAGUAAAGGAUAAUCAAGCCAGCCCCCGGUCAGCCAGCAGCAACUCUGUCCCACCUACUCCAGACGAGGGGAAAAAGCUGUUUCCAAUAUUCACCAAAAAGUCCUCCCCACAGUGUAGUCAAAUCAAUAAACUCAGGCAAAGGACGUCCCCCGGAGGGUCUAAGAGGUCCCCAGGUCAGCCUGCCAACUCACCACUCCUCAAGUACACACGCAGCAAGGAUAAACUAGAUCAGAUGAUGCUGGAUGCUGGUCAAGUGAAGCGUUACGGGGCUACACAGUGCGAGGUGUGUGGUAUGGUAUACACACAGGCAGAGCCUGCUGAUGAGACAACACAUUACAACUUCCACACAAGCGUUCUCAAUGCUCUUAAGUUCCCAGGUUGGAAGAAAGAGCACCUUGUUCGUGAGUUUAUGGAGACUGGAGAUCGUGUCAUUAUGGUGACUGCAGAUGACCAGAAAUAUGCAACUAAGAAAGUUGAGGACAUCAACAAGAUCAUGGGAAAAGAACUUGGAUUUACAGAACCAACGCUAACCUUCAAACCAUCAUACAAGGCAUUCCUGUACAUAUCUGAGGAGAAGCGUGUUGAAGGCUGCUGUGUAUGUGAGCCCAUCUCACAGGGCUAUCGUGUGUUACCAGACCAGAGUCAAGAAAGCCAACACCACCCGGGACAGAGGCCCUGGUAUUGUAGUGAUUCUCCGGAGAAAGCGUCUAUCGGGAUAAGUCGAAUAUGGGUGUUCAGCCAAGCUCGACGGAAAGGGAUUGCUUCAAAACUCUUAGACUGUGUCAGGCUCUGGGCUUUGUAUGGUAUCGAGGUUCCCAUAGAGUUGUUGGCUUUCUCUGAUCCGACCCCAGACGGCAAAAUACUGGCUACAAAAUACACCGGCACAUCAAGCUUUCUUGUCUACAAGUAUCAAUGAUGAACACUAAUUAAUGUUAUCUCUUUAGUGUUGUGAUUAAUGGUUUUGUGGCUGUGAGAAUACAAGUUUAAGAGGUUGUUGUGUGUAAAUGCAUUGUGACUCUUAAGUCUAAAAAAGAACAGGGGCCUUAUUCAAUAUCGUUCUUAUCCUUAACCUUAGACAUGCCUUAGUGAUCCCAUUCAGUCCAUAGACCAGUUAUUUUUACAGUCCAAUGAAAACUCUGAGUUCUAAUCUUAAAAUUAAACAAACAUCUAAGAUGGUUUUUGAAUACAGCCCCUGAGGCCAUAUUCAGUAUAAUCCUUACCCUAAGACACGCCUCACUGAAUUCAUUCACUCCAUUGGCCAGUUAUUAUUACAGUCCAAUCUUAAAAUUAAAUGAGAUGAUUUUGAUCUGAAGUAGUUAUUGAAUACAGACCCAGACUAAUAAAUGAUUAUACAGAAAUACUUCAUUCUACUAGAUUUUACUUAGUUAUGUUUUAAAUGAAUAUUGUUAAAUAUUACACUGAUGGUUAGGGAUUUUAAAAGAACAUUUAAUUUCUUUUUGUUAGAGUCACACGAUAUCAUCAUGUACUGGCGAUAUUUGAUUUGCAAGCGUAGAGCUGAGCUCCACAAUGCUUUUAAUGCAAAAUGUGGAUGUAAUGGCUUAAGUUCAUCAGAUGUAGUUUUAUUCUUUGUCAGUAACAAGAAUCUCUGCUUAAUUCUUAAGAAUUCUCGAAUGUGUGGGGAAAUGAGGGGUGUGUCCUGGAAUACCCCUUAUCAUAUUUCUAAAAAAUAAUUAAACUAAGGCAAAUAAUGCCAGUCAUGUUUGUUUUAUAAAAAAAUCUUAAUUAGACUUCUAUGACUUCAUCGCAAACACUUAACAGAAGGUUUUAACUAGACCCAUACUCACUUGGUUAUAAAUUGCCCCUUUUUUUCGCAAAUAAAUUAAUGAAUUUGAUACAUUAUGUAGAGAAAAUAUGAAAGAAUCAACUUCUAUGUAAUCUUUUAGAAUGUUGGAAGUUAGGAGAACAGAUAUCAGUAAACUUUUUUGCAUCACUGUCAAAAUUGAAACUAGGAUAAAAUAACACAAGUCAAUAUUAAAGCUCAAAGAUAAUAGCUUUUGACUAUGACUUGAAAUCCAUUACCAUAAAUGUCUUCACAUUAAACUCACUAAUGGUGGUGGUGUGUAGCAGGAUUUAUAUUGUGUUUUUUGAUGGACAAGGAGCUUCUAGAAAAGAAGAAGUUGAUUGUUCUUAUCUGAUUUAAUAUUGCAUAUACUGGUAAUUAUGGUAUAUAGAAAUCUCUCAAAAUAUUGUUUUAUGCUUGGUUUUACUAUCAGAUUGGAUCCAUUUUAGGCACAUCCUAUAAAGUUACACCAUUCUUUUCAUGAAGCAUGUUAGCUAUUUAUAUAAACAUGUUUUAUAUUGUAGUAAUUUGGACUAGAAGACUAGAUGUUACAUGAUCAUACAUGUAUGUUAACCAAGUUUUUUGCAGUAUUUUGACAUUUACUUGUAAAAGUAUAUGACAAGAGAAUGGUUGGAGUGAUUAUUCAUUCACCAAACAGCACCCAUUCAUUUAUUUAUCAUUUUAUUACAUGUUGAAAGCACAACAUAUGCAACUAUAAUAUGUUUAUACAAGAAAUAUUUUUCAUCUAAAUCAUAAGGAAAGAUACAUGAAAUAUUUUUUUAUCGGAAUCACUUUAGGGAAUAUGGAUACAUGAACUUUUUUCAUCUUAAAUUAUGGGGAAAUUUUUCAUGAAUUAUUUUUCAUCUUUAUCAUGACGAAAUGUUGAUACUUAAAUUAUUUUUAUUUAAUUACUUUGAAAUGUUGAUACAUAAACUUUUUUCAACUAAAUCAUGAGGAAAUGUUGAUAAUUGAAUUUCAUUUCAUCUUAAGCAUGUGGUAAUGUUAAUACUUUAAUUAUUUUUCAACUCAAGCAUGUGAAAAUGUUUAUACAUCUUGUUAAAAUGUGGUAAUGUUGAUUUUUCAAUUAUUUUUCAACUCGAGCAUGAGGAAAUGUUCAUACUUGUGUUAAUAUGGUAAUGUUGAUUCUUCAAUUAUUUUUCAACUCAAGCAUGUGAAAAUGUUCAUACUUGUGUUAAUGUGGCAAUGUUGAUUCUUCAAUUAUUUUUAGCUCCACUGGCCGAAGGCCAUGGAGCUUAUGUCGUCACAGAUUGUCCGUCGUGAGUGCGUGCGUAAACUUUUACUUUAAACGACAUCUCCUCUGAAACUGAUAAGCGGAUUUUGACAAAACUUCACAGGAAUGUUCCUUUGGUGGUCCUUUACCAAAAUUGCUCAAAUGGUUCCGGUCCAUUGCACAAUAUGGCCGCCAGAGCUAAAAAUAGCAAAAUCUUUAAACGACAUCUCCUCUGAAACGGUUCGGCAGAUUUUGAUGAAACUUGACAGUAAUGUUCCUUGGGUGGUCCUUUAUUAAGAUUGCUCAAAUGGUUCUGGUCCAUUGCACAAUAUGGCCGCCACAGCUAAAAAUAGCAAAAUCUUUAAAUGACAUCUCCUCUGAAACGGAUAGGCAGAUUUUGAUGAAACUUGACAGAAUUGUUCCUUGGGUGGUCCUUAACCAAAAUUGCUCAAAUGGUUCCGGUCCGCUGCACAACAUGGCUGCCAGGGCAAAAAAAUAGAAAAACCUUUAAAGAACAUCUCCUCAGAAACCGAUGAUCAGAUUUUGAUGAAACUUAACAGAAAUGUUCUUGGAUGGUCCUUUAUCAAAUUUGCUUCAAUGGUUUCGGUCCACUGCACAAGAUGGCCCCCAGAGGUAAAAAUAGAAAAACCUUUAAACGACUUCUCCUCAGAAACCGAUGAUCAGAUUUUGAUGAAACUUGACAGAAAUGUUCCUUGGGUGGUCGUUAACCAAAAUUUGUUAAAUGGUUCCAGUCCAAUGCACACCAUGGCUGCCAGAGCUAAAAAAUAAAAAAAACUUUAUACGACUUGUCGUCGAAACCGAUGACCUUUUUUCGAUAAAAUUUGACAGAAAUGUUUGUUUGGUGCUCCUUUACUCGAAUUGCCCAAAUCAUUUCGGUCCACUGCACAACAUGGCAGCCAGAGCUAUUAAAGUAAAAAAAUUUUUUAAAUAACUUCUCAAAAAUUGAUGAUUGUAUUUCUAUGAAACUUGACGAAAAUGUUCGUUAGGUGGUCUUUGCUUGAACCUUUUGGCCAGUGGAGCACAGGCACUGAUGUGCCUCUUGUUCAAUUCAAGCAUGUGGGAAUGUUGAUAUAUGCCAUGUACUAAUUCUCAUCUUAAUCACGACAAAAUGUUGACUAACUGUUUUUCAUUUUAAUUCUGUGGACAUUUUGAUACAUGAAAUAUUAUCUAUAUUUUAUUUUAAUGAUGUGGAAACAGAGGAUUUUCAGUUAUUUUUACACGAUGUGUAUUUCAAAAUAUGAAUAAACAUGAAAUAUAAGAG